GAACACGAAAGCAAAGCUUUAGAACGAUUUUGGAAUCUAGAAUCUAUUGGGAUUCUUCCAGACGAAAUAACAACCCACGAAGACAAGUUUGUUAAGGAAUAUCAGGAUUCUUCAAUACGACUCGUGAAUGGCCGAUACUGUGCAAAGUUACCAUGGAAACCUAACCAUGACCCCCUUCCCACCAACGAAGCAGUAGCGCGAGGAAGAACCCGUUCCACUGUAAGGAGAUUAGCCAAAGACCCCAAGACAUUGCAAACCUACAGUGAACUUAUUAACGAACAGUUAAAACGAGGUUUUAUUGAAAGAGUUACAAAUCCAGAAACAUCAAACGGUUAUUGCCACUACAUCCCACAUCACGCUGUAUUAAAAGAUUCCCCUACGACACCUAUUCGUAUUGUGCACGACUGCAGUUGCAGCCCAAAUGCCAACCAAGCAAGCCUGAACUCAUGUCUAACCAACCACGACCACUGGCCACAAUGGAAACCUAACAACGUUCUUCUGCAGUCCUGCCUCGACGAAGAUGAAGAAACGAGCAAAGUCAUUGCCGAAGUCACCGACACAUCUACAAACGCCAGCAUAACCCAGAUUAUUCCACCUACCAAAUUCAGUGACCUUCAACGACUACUGCGAACUACAGCAUGGGUACUUCGCUUUGUUAAUACCCUGCAAAAGGGCAACGCAUGUAAGGGAAAACCACUAAAGGUCCACGAAGUUGAAAACGCGAGAAAUGUUUGGAUACGGGAAAUCCAAAACGACGCCUACGGUAACGAACUUGCCAACAUACAAAAGCCGAAAACCUCUUGUCUACCCCUUGUACGUCAACUUCGCCUGUUUACUCUGGAAGACAACAUCAUUCGUUGUGGUGGCAGAAUUCACAAUGCACCAGUGGAACAUUCAGCAAAGUUUCCCAUACUCUUACCCCCAAACCACCAUUUCACCUUGCUGGUUGUCAACGAUGCACACGAGAAACUACAACACGCUGGAUUAAACCAAACCCUGACACAAAUACGCCAGAAGUAUUGGAUUCCAACAGCUCGCCAGUACAUCAAGAAAAUACUUCGCAAAUGUGUAACGUGUCGAAAGGUCUUCGGAACACCAUACAUUGAAUAGUAGGGUCAACUCUUCCGCGGCAGAUUGGUACGUUGAUGCAUUGUCUGACACCAUAAUUUUUGGUAAGGACUUGCGGCUUGCGAAUCUCCGAAAGGCAGACAUGAAGGUCGGAACAGUUAAAUUUGUGACUACUUCGAGGUGGACUGCGCGUGUGUUUGCACAGGUGAACAAGCAGAUGUAGACCUUUUCUUGUCCACGUGGCGUUUUGAUGUAGAUGGCCCCG